AUGAUGCUGAAGUUUAAUGGUAAGGUGGAAGAUAAGCAAUUUAUUUAUGACAUGUUAAAGCCAUUGGUUACUGAUAUGUAUGAUAUCAUGGUGGACUGGAUCAAGAGGUGGUCAAUAGUGUUAAUCAAUAACCAGAGCAGCCUUGAGGUCCAAGAUGCUUGCGACAAGACUAUUAUGGUAGCAUAUGAUUUAAUUGGUUUUAUAUUGGAUGAAUACUCCAAGAUUGAAGACAUAGAUUUAUACCAGGGUGAUAAAUCAUAUCUCCGAAAUCGUGCUUCAGUUCCUCGAGAUUCUGAAGGAGUGUUGUCUAUAAAGAACAAGUAA